GAUGGCGAAAGUAAAACACCCCAAGAAACGAAACUACCGUCAACGAGCCCACUCGAACCCACUUAGUGACCACAGUUUCGACUAUCCUCUCUCCCCUGGUGUCAUGGAAUGGUCUAAGCUCUACCCCAGAUUUAAGCCUGGCGAUGAGGUAACGUUCUGUGAUGUGGGGUGUGGUUACGGGGGUCUACUAGUCACGUUAUCCUCCAUGUUCCCUGACAAGUACAUGGUUGGCUUUGAGAUACGGGUUAAAGUAUCAGACUACGUGAAUGACAGGUUUUUAGCCCUGCGCCAAGAAGAUGAAGUUUACCAUAACGCCGGAGUCAUCAGGACAAAUGCCAUGAAAUACCUUCCUAACUUUUUUAGAAAAGGUCAGCUUGAGAAGAUGUUUAUCCUUUAUCCAGACCCGCACUUCAAGAAAUGUAAACACAAAUGGAGGAUUGUAUCAGAGGGGUUGUUAGCAGAGUACGCGUACGUGCUACAAGUGGGGGGCCUGGCCUACACUGUGUCUGAUGUUAAAGAGGUUCACGACUGGAUGGUGGAGCACUUCACCGCCUUCCCCCUAUUUGAGAGGUACGAUCCUCCGCAGGAUGAUAAAGCUGCACAGAUCCUGAUCGGGAGCACAGAGGAAGGAAAGAAAGUGCUCCGGAAUAACGGACAGAGCUGGACUGCUAUAUUCAGGAGGGUUGACGAUCCGCAUUUAGUGAACUGUGGCGAAAGUUAGGUUUAUUAUAAGGGGAUGUGCUGCGGUAUUUUAAACUCUUUAGUAGAUUUACAGCGAUAUUUUAACCUUGUUUUAAUAGACAUAAUUAUGUUUUUUGGGGGAUUUCGGGUUGGGAGACCGGAGGUAUCGUGAUUACGAUACUCAGGCGACUACAUGUAAUUGGUCUGUUCUUACGUUUCUUGACGAUUUGGAUAAAAUUGUGGUUUUAUUGAUGUGUGGGUCAUUGAAAAAUGAAAGCUGAUUUCAGUCCUGGAUGUUUACUUUUCAGUCAUAUCGCUUUAGAGCUGAAUAUGAUAUUCAAUACUGUACUGACCAAUAAUAUGAUUUCGCAUUUCUUAGUCCAU